CGCUCGGCUCGAGUCGCGCAGUACGGAACGCGCAGAGGCAAGCAGGCAGGCGGGCUGCUGUCGCGCGCGGCCGAGACGACACGGCACGCACGCACCGCUGCGCGUAAUACGCACGCGUACCCGCGCGGGCGCGCGAGGAACGGCGCGAUCCGCCGACGAUCGGGAGGACCGAUCGCGCGCGGUGAUCGGGAUCGAAGUAAGCGCGAGAGGCGGAUUGGCUCGGAGCGGCGAGAUAGACGGCGGACGCUCCGCAGGGAUUCCGCGAGCGAGCGGCACGCGCCGCGCGGGCGGGAGCGGACGCCGCGGUGUUAUGUCACGCUCCCACGCGAGCGACGGCCGCCGCUGCCGUCUCCGUCGUCGUCGUCGCUGCUGCCGCCGCAAGGCUCAACAUCCUCAUCGUUUGACGUUUCCGCGGGCCGCGACGCUCGACGGAUCACGCACGCGCGGUCUCGCCCUGGUGUAUUGACAGCGACAUUUCGGUGCUCGUAGCGAAGUCAUCGUCAUCGUCGUCGUCAUCGAGACGUUAUUUUUGGUGUUCGUGAUGUGACCGCUCGCAAGAGCGAUCGUCAUACCUCUCGCGCGUUUGAUCGACGGCGACACCUCCGCUCGGCGAUCGGUAAAACCCGCGCGCGAUCGAGCGCGCCCGCGACUCGGUCCAGCGUUCCCGGCUUCGAGGAGUCGUUCCGGGAACGUGCACCGCACCGCGCGUACGCAUCGUGGAGCAACCCAGGUGUGGCAGCAGGACGAAGGCGGCGCGCGCGCACUCGCAUGGAGACGCCGGAGGAUCGCGUUGCGAGUUAAACGGACGAUUUCGCGCCACUCGGACUGCUCGCCGACAGGGACGAUGCACAUCGUCGUGAGUGCCGUUCUUACACGCGUAGACGCGUAGAUAUACGUAGCGCGAGUGAGUUACGGAAAGAAGACGCAAAGAAAGGACGAAAAAACGGGAGGACCAAGAGAGAGAGAGAGAGAGAGAGAGUGCAUCAACGCGUGUGAAAUGGAUGGUACGCCAAAGAAAAGCGACGCAGUGCUAAUAUAUGGAUGCCCAUGGGUGGAACUUGGCCGAAAUGUGCCAGCGUUACCAUCACGCUAUACCGGCGGCAGCGGCGCAGAAUUCCUCGCCAGCUAGGGACCCCUCGGCUGCCAUCGCGCAAGGCUUGUCAACCGCCGCGCACAUCGAUCAAGCCAGCCCGUCCUACUCUCAUUACACGAUGCUGGAUAAUUAUGACAGGGGUGAGGUGACACCACCACCACCAGUGAGCGGUUAUGGCGGCUCCCCCGGGCUCUUGGCACUUCAUUCCUCGCUUUACGCGACUCCCACGUCGAGGGCCUACGACAUCGACUCCGGCAUCGACGGCAACGACAGCUCGAUGCCCAUCGAUACUCAAAUCAUCUCGAUACCGAGCAUGCUGAGCGGUCCGGCGCAGCAACGGUUGGAGGACAUGCCCUGGCUGGCUUCCGGUCCGUCGUUGGAAUACCAGCAGGGCAUCUCGCCGAUUCCCGCGGGAGUGAAGAUGUGCCAUCCCGGCGGCGGCAGCGCCCAGAGGAGCCUCAAGGAGCAACGGAUACGUCGUCCGAUGAACGCAUUCAUGGUCUGGGCAAAGGUCGAGCGCAAGAAAUUGGCCGACGAGAAUCCCGAUCUCCACAAUGCCGAUCUCAGCAAGAUGCUCGGUAAAAAAUGGCGAGGGUUAACCCCGCAAGACAGAAGACCCUAUGUCGAAGAGGCUGAGAGGCUCCGAGUCAUACACAUGCAGGAACAUCCGAAUUACAAGUACAGACCGCGGCGUAGGAAGCACGCGAAACGGACACCCGGUGCACCGUCCUCGCCUCCCUCAGCGACCAACACCGCGGGCAACAGGCCCAACCCCGCGGGCCCGAUUCAUCAUUCCAUGUCCAAAAUGGACAGUUACCAGGGCAUACCUCAGAUUCCGUGGGGUGGCCAUUCCCCGAUCUCAUCCCUAUAUCAUCAACAGCAGCAGGGUAUCCAAGAGUACAAGUCGGAAAAUAAUUCGCUUUACGGCAGUCCCUACACGCCUAUUAUUCAUACCCCGGACAUAUCUCCAGUGGCCAGUCCUGAACCUGAUGGCGACGGCGGUCAUCUGUCGUCUUCUCAAAAUCCAGAUCCGGAACGAGAUCUGAUGGAGGGUACCUCGAAACAGCAUGGAGAUAUAACCGACCAAACGAAACGAUAUACUUUUAUGAGUAGCGACAAUCAACUGCACACGGCUCAUGCUAGUAACACUAGCAUAUCAUCGUGUCAGAAUUCCGGUGGUUACACGGAUACACUAACAUAUAAGAAAUCCGUGGGUUAUUUGAACUUCGAAAGACAGUCCACGAGCAUAGCCGCAGUGGGCAUAGCGAAUGGCAUGAUGGUAUCGUGCAAUAAAUUGCGCUCCGGUUUCGACAACGUCGGAUCCGUCACAGGCACGUUUUAUCCGCCAGUUGCUUCGCCGCAUGAUCAAACGAUGCAGCAUUACAGUAGCACACAAUCAUCCAAAGGCACGACGAACUAUUCGAUGCAAUCGGUCGAGAGCAAUUACAAUCCAGUCCAAUGCGCCGGAAAUCGGCAGCAGUCCAUAGGCAUUCGCGGAGCCACCGAAAGUUGUUCCGGCACAGUGCACCGAUACCAAAUGCCGCAUCACCAGGAGUACCAAACGGAUACGUCUUCCAGCAGUGGCGCUCAGCAGCACGCGAUCCUCGGGAGUCACAUCGAUCCAGGCAUGAGCGCCGAGGAAGAUCAGCAGCAGGCGCUGCAGCUGGAAAAGUAUUUCAAGUAUUCCUCCCAUCCAACUAGCGUGGCUCAUUCAAGCCUGUCUUCUCAGAGCAUGUUGGACAGCAACCACAACUACGCCAGCGAUCUACGCUAUUACGGGACCCCGGCGCAGUCCCAAUUGGACAUAUCAAACUCUCAGUGCAUCGUCGACGAUCAGCAGAGCAACAAGGACACCCGUUGCUCCAACGUUGCCAUCGGCCACACCAUGGAGCAGUACCACCAGAACCUGGAAGUAUCCAAGUACCCGGACCAUCCAGCCCCACAACAGCAUCAGCAGCAGUCGCAGCCUCAGCAACAAACUCAGAGCAUGGAGCAUGCGCCGAAGGCCGACGAUGAUUUCAGUGUUAUACUCGCGGACGUGCGCAAAACGUGCUACAGUAGCUAGUGUUUCUUUUUCCAGUGCACGGAUGAUCCGCGGCUCGGAUUGAACUGGUUUGUGUAAACUUCAGGGACGAUCUCGAUCGUGGAUAGACUGGAAAGAACGGGACGCUUGUGCGCACACUUCACGUCGCCGUGGUCGGUGCUACCCGAAAAUAUAUCAAAGCAUUUUUAUCUCGCGAUAGAAGGUUAUUGUUCCAAAACCGCACGUCAUUAAGACACAGAUUGAGUGCUAGAAGGACUUCAACAAUAGAUGACCAGCUCUAUUGAGGAAUCGCUGAGUAUAUAUAUCCUCGUCACCAUUAACACAUUGCAUCGUACAUCUUAUUCGCAGUAGACUGGUUGCUGACAACACUAAAUACUGCUAGAUAUUUAUGGUAAACGUUUCACAAACAUCGGAUUACAAGCGUAAGUAUAUAUACGUAUUUCCUUGCUUCAAAGAAUCUCUCUGUUGCGGUAAAUUCAAUUUAUACUACGUGAGGGAUUUCGGAGAGCAAUGACUUAACCAUUGAACAUUAAAUGGACAGAUUUUGCAGUCUUGUUUCACAAUAAUCCGCCAGAUGUAACUCUCUCAUUGAAACGUGCAAAGAUACUCGUUACAAAUUGUAGGUAAUUUAAAGUAUUAAUAUAAAUUGGUAAUACUCUUAUAAAGUCACCGUACGAUACUCUAUACCCUAAAUAGACUGUACAGUUUUUAACUAUUAACACGGAAUUUACAUAUACAUGUCUAGAUCAACAUUAUUUGUAUCUCCUUAUACUGUACUUGUGUUAUGUACAAUUAGAACUUAUAAUGUACACAUACAAUGUAUAAAUGGCAGCUUUACAAGUCAUGUAUAAAAUUUUCUACAUACAAAUUAUUAUAUUACUAACAUUUCUAUCCAAGAAAUAAAAUAUUUUGAAUGGAU